AUGACGAACGAGCGAAAACAGUACUUGUUUUGUUCCUAUGAAAACGAUGUAACUGGAGAAGUUCUUCCAACAUUAAAUAGGUCAUCAUUGCAAGAAUUUGGAAUAAGGGACGAAGAAAAGAUCUCGAGAAUUGUGGCUUUACUUGGACUAUUUAAUAAGCCAUCUACGUCAAUAUCACAGUCAGUUAAGCGUUAUCAUAAGGUUUUUAAUGAUCCAGUUCAUGGUCACAUUGAAGUGCAUCCACUCUGCAUCAAGAUCAUCGACACACCACAGUUCCAAAGAUUAAGGAACAUUAAACAACUAGGUGGAUGCUAUUUUGUUUUCCCCGGUGCUGCUCACAAUAGAUUUGAACAUUCAAUAGGGACGUCAUAUCUAGCUGGAAAGCUUGUAAAGAGCCUUCAGAAAAGACAGCAAGAAUUGGAUAUAAAAGAAAAAGAUGUUCUGAGUGUUAUAAUUGCAGGACUUUGUCAUGAUUUAGGACAUGGACCAUUUUCGCACAUGUUCGAUGGGCAGUUUAUUCCAGCUGCAAGACCUGAAAUCCACUGGAAGCACGAAGAGGCAAGUGUGCAAAUGUUCGAUUAUCUUGUGGACUCCAACAACUUGAAACAAGAAUUCGUGAAGUAUGAUCUAGAUCAGCAGGAUCUGACAUUCAUUAAAGAGCUGAUUGCUGGCCCACGUGGUGAUACUCCAGCAAGAACUCAGGACUGGCCUUACUUCGGUAGAGAAAAGUGCAAGAGCUAUUUAUAUGAGAUUGUGGCCAACAAGAGGACAGGCAUUGAUGUUGAUAAGUGGGACUACUUUGCUCGCGACUGUCAUAACCUCGGCAUCAAAAACUCUUUUGAUCACAAGAGAUUUAUCAAGAUGGCUCGAGUUAUCAACGUAGAAAACAAGUUACAGAUCUGUGUACGAGACAAGGAAGCUGGCAACAUCUACGAUAUGUUCCACACACGGUUCUGUCUGUUUAUACGAGCUUAUCAACACAAGACAUCCAACAUUAUUGAAACCAUGAUGACCGAAGCCUUAUUGAAAGCAAAUCCGUAUCUUCUAUUUGAGGGAAAAGACGGAAAAAAGCUGAAGAUGUCUGAAGCGAUAGACGACAUGGUGGCUUAUUCCAAGGUAACAGACCAAGUCUACUACCAAAUACUUCAUGGCAGUGAUUCACGACUAGAAGAGGCUAAGAAGAUUUUACAGUUAGUUGAAUGUCGAUCGUUAUACAAGUGUAUAGGACAAACCAUCUUGAAAAAGCCGAGAGAAAAAGAAGAGGCACACGAUAUUUCUAAAGACAUCGCUGACAGCGUACCUCCUGACAUGGCAAGUGGUACACAACUGGAACCAGAAGACAUUAUUGUUCAUUUGAUUACAUUCGAUUAUGGCAUGAAAAACCAGAAUCCAAUCGAUAAUUUGCGGUUUUACACAAAGGAAAAUCCUUCCCAGGCUAUGAGAUUCAGAAAAGAUCAGGUUUCUCGGCUCCUACCCGAGUCUUUUGCCGAACAACACAUGAGAAUCUACUGUCGCAAAAGGGACGAAGACAGUAUAGAGAAAGCGAAAGCAGCGUUCUUCCAAUGGACUCUCGGUCAAGAGUGCACUACGCCCAAGUUUGGUGAUUCCGUUGCCGAACUAACGCCAAUGAAGUCUACGACUGCUGACGGCCAGAGCGGAGGAGUCGCACAGAAGUUACAAUUCAAUGACGAAAUUGAGUUCUUUUAGAGAACCUGUUCUAAAUAUUUUAAAUAAUACAAUUCAGAAUAAACUCGAAGAAGGAAUGAAUUAGUUUUUAGUGCUUGUCAAGAGUAAUCUUCGUCGUGGCGAAGUAGGUCUUGAUAGAUGUCAAUCAAGACGUUUCUAUGACAUUCCCGUAGUCACGUGCACUUGAAAAAUGCCAUGGAAAUCUUUGAUUGACGUCUACCAAAACACUUUUUAUAAUCUAGAAUGAUCUAAAAUGAGAUACACCUACUUGCAAGAACGUUGUCAUGCGAUAUUAGAAGAUUAGUAAUUUA